AAAAAGCUACUGCAAAACCAUAAUUUUAGAAAUGACAAUGCAUUACAAUUAACACAGCAGUCUCAAUUUGCAAACACCAUUAAUGAAUAACCAAUGAAUCACACACGUGGGUCAUAGAGUUCAUCCAUUGUGUAUAAAUUAGCGUCAUUAAUGAACCUACGGUUGGGUAAUACAACGUUACUGCACUGUUAUAGCAGUAAUGUAACAUGUAGUGUUAAAUGGUAUAAAGCCGGCACAUGCGUAGGCGUUACAAAUAUAAAACAUAGACGACCUCUUGUUUGCUAACUGCAGAAGAGGGAUCUGUCACCGAACCUGGCAACCUCAUAGCUCAUUCAGACCACAACUAUAAACAAGAGGAGCUCCGAGGCUAGCCGACUUUCUAUCAUCGACAUCAGUUCAUCUGGGUCAGCCAGUCCAUUUGAGGAUCUCCCCUUUCAUCUCAACAAUGACCUGACCGAUGGACCGCUGCAGUGUGCUCAAUUAGAGGCUCUCUCGCGGAGGUAGAUCAUGAAUGACAAACUCGUCUUCCUGGGCCUGCUGUACUUUGUCCAGGGCAUCCCCUACGGUCUCCAGUCUUCCCUGCUUCCCGUCUACCUGCGUGGAGCUGGUCAUUCCUUAACUCGCAUUGGCUUCACCAAGAUCCUCUACUUUCCAUGGGUCCUCAAGGUGCUCUGGGCCCCCUUUGUGGACCGGGUUGGCACGAAGCGGCGCUGGCUGGUGGGCACAGUAUCUGGGCUGGCUCUCACAUGCCUCAUGAGUGCUCUCCUGGCCCCAGAAGCCCAUAUCUGGGGAGUAGCAGGAAUCCUUUUGGUCAUGAACUCCUUGGCUUCUGUCCAGGAUAUCGCUGUCGACGGGGCCGCGGUGGGGUUGUUGAAAGGCCGCGGGGAGCUGGGCCUGGGCAACACGGCCCAAGUCGUGGGCUAUAAAGCUGGAUCUGUGUUUGCCGGAGGCGGGCUGCUGGCUGUGAUUGACGUCGCCGGAUGGAGCUGGAUGUUCAUGCUGCUGACGUUUGUGUACGCCGGCGUGGCACUGUUUGUGUGGGGGGCCCCUGUGCUGGAUGAUGAGAAUUUGAGGGGCACACAGGCAGAUGGCAGCAGGAGGGGGGGGCAGGCAGCAGACGCUAUGAGGCCAUGGAGAGUGUGGAGGAAGAUGCUCGCAGUGCCGGGCACCCCUUGGACCGUCCUCUAUGUGCUGACGUACAAACUAGGUGAGCAGGGUGCAGUGACCAUGUUUCCUCUUUUCCUGUUGGAUCAUCACAUGACCGCCAGGGAGCUCGGCUUCUGGAAUGGCGUUAUCGCCAUGGGCUUCUCCAUCUGUGGGUCUUCCCUGGGGGGCGUGCUGCUCGCUCAGUUCAGCAUCGGGGCGAUGAUGCGACGCGUGUUUGUAUUGCGAACCGUCAGCAUGGUCUUCCAGAGCUCUCUACUCACGAUACUGGAUCCAUCACCACUCAUGAAAGGUAUGGCCAUCCUGAGUAUGAGUGUUCAACACUUCUUGGGCGGGCUCAUCACCACGCUCACCUUCACUACCAUGAUGCAAUGCACUCAGAGGGCCGAGGAAAGCAUUCAGGCGACCCACUACAGUUUCCUGGCGACUCUGGAGGUGCUGGGGAAGCUGACAUUUAGCGCUCUAGCCGGAGGCAUGGUGGAUUGGUUUGGUUUCCAGGUUGCCUUCCUCUUCUUCCUCACCCUCUCCGCCGGGACAGCCCUGCACGUGUGGACAGCUACCUACACUGGUGCUCUCAGGGAGAACCAGCUCAAAGAACAGCCCAAGUGAGAUGAGGAUCAGGGUGCUGACCAUGUAUUGAAAUGACUUGAGUUUGACUACCAGUAUUCAGACAGCUCAAAAGUGUAAAUCUAACACUGAUCACAUUCAGCAAAAAAUUCAGUCUAGAAAAUAUGAAUAAGUUGACUUUCUUGUUCUGCCAUUUUUAAGGAGAAAUCAGCCAUGCGGUUAAAUAACUACAGAGUGCUUUUUUUGUUGUGUUUUUGCACAAUUGUCAUUUUACUGGCAAAACUGGCCUUACAUUUGAUUUAUUUUGCAUUUGAAAUGUCUAUAAAAGUCUUAGUAUUUGCAGUAAUGGGAGGGAUCUUGAAGAUACUUUAGGUAAAGAUGAGCACCUUGAGGAAAGAGUACUCUGGACUGUGUGGGAUCGGUGUGAUGACGUACAGUCACAAUAUCAAAGCUGUUAGUAUCAUCUGAGCCAUUCUAAUGUUUAAAUAAGCCAGCAAUAAGAGCUGUAGCCAAAAGCAAUAUUGCUACUUUGUGAUGCUUGUUUCUUUUUUAUACAUUGUGUUGUGUUUAAAUGUGUCAGUCAAUCUCCUGAGUUGUAUGGUUUACAGUUCUAAAUGAAUGAAUCUCGACUACCUCGUAUCAGCGCUGUAUGGUACGAUACACGGGAGGCAAAUGUAAACAGUAGCUGCACCAAGUAGAGCAUACACUCAUUCAUAAUGAAUAGUUGCAAUACAUACACUAUAUUACCUAUGCUACAACAGUUAGCCAAAGUAGAGUUGCAGUUAGUGCAACUGUUUCACUGUUCAUCUCUUUAAAAGUGAAUACAAAUGCAGUGCAGCUGCAUGUUGCCAUCUUGUCUAAGUUUUAAUAAACUGAUCAGAACUUAUGUUCUUUGUAAAAACUUAAAAGACCAAUACCACUGACAAAUUGUGUUUUAUGUCAAUAAUCUGUACUAUAGAAUAUACUGUAACUCUCCAAUGGCACUGUGCGCUAUAUAGAAUAAUUCUCCAGGCUUCAAAUUUGAAUGAAAUAGCAGCAUAGAAUGAUCCCUUUUCACCAGGUUCCGUAAGUGAAUAUAAUCAUAGAAAUUAAAUCUUAAUAAAGUCUUAAAAUUGUUAAUGGAGACAACGGAGGAAACAAGGAUACGUUUGCAUUAAGGCAUUCAUCUCAGUAGAUUUUGCUUUCACCCUCACACAUAAAUAAAGGGAUGCCGUAUUACAUCAUCGCCGGUUCAUCCAUGUAACCAGGUCCUCUGCCAUGACAUUUGUAUUCAAAAAAAUAAAGCUGCUGAGUGAAUAUUA